GUACUGCACAGCGUUUAUUUCUGCAGGGAAACGGGGAAACUGGAAAACACCAAUCAAAAACAAGGAUACUAGCAUGUGGACAGGAGGCCGGUAACCUAGAAGAGCCAACUUGCUACAGCAUCGUCUUUAGUGUCUUACCGAGCAGGAAAGAUGGAGGAAAUAGAAGAAUCUCCUCCUGUUUCUGAAGACCUGGUGCCCUGCAAAAUAUGUGGAAGAAGUUUUUUUUCGAGGGUGAUUAAAAAACAUGUGCCGAUCUGCCAGAAGGCAGUGGCAAAAAGAAGGAAGGUGUUUGACUCCAGCAGGCAAAGGGCAGAGGGGACCGAUAUUUCAACAGUCAAACCCAUAAAACCAAAGUUACAAAGUUCUUCCAGCAGCUCUAAGUCUGAUAAACCUGAACCACCCAAGAAACAGUCAAAUUGGCGCCGAAAGCAUGAAGAAUUCAUUGCCACCAUUCGGGCCGCCAAAGGCUUAAAUCAAGUCAUAAAAGAUGGUGGACCUCUUCCUCCACCCCCUCCUCCAUCCUAUGAUCCAGAUUACAUCCAGUGUCCCUAUUGCCAGCGACGCUUUAGUGAGAAUGCAGCAGAUCGCCACAUUAAAUUCUGUAAGGAGCAAGCAUCCAGAAUCUCCAAUAAGAGCAAGGUUCCUGGAAGUGAGAAAGCCAAACCCCCAGCCAGGAUUCCGUACAAACCUCCACCACAAAAGAAGGCAAACUCUCCCGCUGUACCUAAUGUGUCCUCUCGUCUACCUCAGCGCUCAGCCUAUGGGCAGGUUGCUGGCACAGGGAUUCCCAGCAGCAAAACAUCAUCCACUGGCUCAGUGAGGAGCUCAUCAUCAGGAUAUUCUCAGUUACAGAACAACUCAUUCGACUUGAACAGCCCUCCUUCUGAAGGGAAUGUGAAACCCAAGGGUAUGAUUUUGCAAAACUCCCUGAGAAGUCCACCUUCUGGUAUAGGGAUGAAUAAGAAGAAAGUCCAAAAUGCAGAUAAUUCAAGGAAUGAUGUGAAGAAAGAACAUGAAAACAAUUACUCUACAAUAGGCACCAAGUUUUGCCAUGAGUGUGGGACCAAGUACCCUGUGGACUGGGCCAAGUUUUGCUGCGAGUGCGGAGUGAAACGAAUGUACAUUUAAAAUAGUACAAAUGAUAGAAAGACUGACCCACUGUAGCAGCAAAAAAAAAACUGAGCGUUCCUUUCCAACCCACUUGUGUAUUUAUUUAGCAUAUCCAUGUGCUGUACAAACAUUUCACUCAAUCUGCUUCUGUUUCUAGAGACUGAACCCCAUCUCGCCCUGCUGCUCAGUUUUUUUUUUUAAUGAAAGUGCAAUAUGAUUGGUUACUGCUACAAAAGGAGUAUUAUCACAGUUAAAGUUAUGAUUUAAAUGUUUAAAUUGACUUUAAUUGAUCUAAGCCUUAAAAUGGGACCAUAACACAAAGCAACCAUUCUGAUGUAAACAGGGCAAUAUCUUAUUGUAGUGUCAUUUAUUUAUUUAAAAAAGUAGCUUAAAUGGUUCCUAUGUUAAAUGCAUUGACUACAGUUCUUUCGCUGAGCAAUCCAGUUUUGUAUUUCACUUCGAUUGUACGUGUUCUCGUUUUUAACCGUAAUCCACAAUGAAAACAUCUUGUAGAAAAUGUCAUUGUUGUAUAUUUAUUACAUAUCUGUUCAACCUUGGGUUAUUUAACCUCUUUAACAUAUUCACACAUUAACCCAACAUUCAAAACUUUAAAGGCAAAUGAAAUAUGUCACAUCCUUCCAGAGUGUGCAUCAUACUGCAACAUUCAAAAAGGACUUUACUAUGGUAUUUUAUAGCUUCAGAGUGCUGAACUGCUGUUCAGAGUAGUGAAGUCCAGGAGCUGGUGUGUGUGUGUUUGUGUAUCUUGGGCAUCACUCUACACCUUAAUAUGCUUGUACUACUGCUGCUCUGACCACGUCACAGCUUAUGAAUACAUACUAUUUGGACAGAAAUUUUACCAUUAAAUUAAUGGCUGGUAAAAGUGAUCCUAAAAAAAUAAAGUGGUAGACAAAGCUCA